AUGCUCUUCUACGCCGGCGUCACGAAGCGCGUCGGCGACGUAGACAGCGGCACGACGACGACGGACUUCAUGAAGGAGGAGGCGGACCGCGGCAUCACGAUUCAGUCCGCUGCAGUCUCCCUGCGGUGGCGGGAUCACGGCAUCAACCUGAUCGACACCCCAGGCCACGUUGACUUUACCGUUGAGGUGGAGCGGACGAUGCGGGUUGUAGACGGUGUCGUGGCUCUGUUCGACGCGUCUGCCGGUGUGCAGGCGCAGAGCUACACUGUACUGCAGCAGAGCCGCAAGUUCAACGCACCGCUAAUCGCCUUUUUGAACAAAAUGGACAAGUACAACGCCGACUUUGCCAUGUCGGUAAACUCGAUACGCACCAAGCUGCAGGUAGAGCCGCUGCUGCUGCAGAUCCCGCUUCAUGCCGAGGACGCCAGCUUCGCUGGCGUGGUCGACAUCUUAGAGCAGGUGACGUGUCACUUCGACGGCGAGCACGGCUUCGAGGUGCAGCGAGCGGACCUCAGCACCAUCGGUGCCUCGCCGUUUUCGACGGGCGACGGUGACAGAGCUGUGGAUCGCGAGCUGACGCACGUGACUCGCUCCAUGCGCAAAGCGCGCCACGACCUUAUCACUCAGCUCACCGCUGUCGAUGAUGCGCUCUCGGAGGCAUUCAUAGCGGAGUUGGACGCCACCGACGGUGAUGAGGCGGAGGCGGAGCGGCGCCUCUCCACUGAGGCGCUGCGCUCCGCCGUGCGUCGGUCCGUGGUGCACCCGCCACGCGAUAGACCGCCGCUCGUCCCGGUUCUGUGCGGCGCCUCUCGUCGCAAUCAAGGGGUGCAGCCGCUGCUUGAUGCUGUGACGUACUACCUGCCGUCGCCAUGUGACCGGCAGCUGACCGGGUUCACGAAGGAUGGCAUACCAGUACCCCUUCCACCUGCUUCGGCCUCGCCGACGGUCCCGACAGUGGCCCUCGCCUUCAAGGUAAUGCACAUAAUGCACCCAGGCAAGGGGCAGCGCCUCCCACUCGUGUUCUUGCGUGUGUACAGCGGCAGGAUCGUCCCGCGCAUGCGCCUUGAGAACAACAGCCGGCAAAAGUCAGAGGUUAUCGAGAAGCUCUAUGUGAUGCACGCAAACCACCCGGUAGAGGUGCCGAACUUGGAGGCUGGCCAGAUCGGCGCGGCUUUCUUGACCCACACAUACACCGGCGACACCUUAUUCAGUCAGCCGUCGCACCACCUUCUUCAGGCUAAGCGGCAUGUGAGACGCGGCGACGUUAAGGAGGAGGUGCACACGCUAGAGGGUAUUAGCGCCCCACCAGCCGUCAUCUCCUUCUCCAUCGAGGCCGCCACACGCAACCAGGUUGAGCUGCUCAAGAACGCCCUGGCUGAGCUCUCCAGGGAGGAUCCGAGCCUGCGUGUCACGGAGAGCGAGCAGGGAGCGGUGGUGGUGAGUGGGAUGGGGGAGCUACACCUGGAAAUUAUCAUGUCGCGCCUCGCGAACGAGUACCAGGUGAAGUGCCGGCUUCUGCGCGCCAUCAUCGAGUACCGGGAGACGAUACGAGUGACCCAGUCGAUGGAGAGGCACACCUGCUUAUUGAACGACCUACCCUACGCCGAGUGCUCGCUCGAGCUGCGGCCGCUGCUAGAGAACGGCGAGCGGUGCAGCGCCAAGGAUCAGUGCCGCUUCCGCAUUGACAGCGCCUUUGAAGAGGAGUUUCUCAGCUGUGGGAGACAGCAACAGCAGCAGGGCGGUGGCCUCUCCAGCUGGUCGCGUGUAAACGACGUGCGCAACGCCAAAGAGGAGCUGCGCCUCAUUGUGGCGUCCUUCCAGUCCGCCGUUGAUGCGUGCAUGCGGUUGGGCCCUCUGGCGGGGUUGCCGGUGCACGGUGUGGAGGUGGUGCUGACGUACUUCCGCAAGACGGCCGGUUCACAGCUCCAGGAGAGGUCGCUGACCCACGUCGCCCGCUCAGCGCUGCUGAGUUUGCUCAAGGCGACCCGCAAGGACGACCUGGCGCUGCUGGAGCCGAUGAUGGAGGUGGAGGUGCACCUUUCCGAGUUCACUUACAUCGGCAAAGUUGUCAGCUCCCUCAACGAGCAUCAUGCGCUGACCGUUGACGUGCAGGAGGACGGCCGGUCCGUGACAGCUGUCGUGGCCAUGCGCAACACCCUUCGCUACACAAUGGAGCUGCGAAAGGCAGUGAAAGGGCAUGCAAACAUGUUUGUGAAGUUGUACGACUACCGCGUUGUGGAGGAGAAGGCUGUGCUGGCGCGCAUCCUGAAGAACCUCGGCAUCGUAGACUAG